AUGUGGAUCUUUGAACAAGUGUCCAGCGCGCUGCUGGGCGUGUGGGACUUCUGUGUCCGCCUCUUGUCAUCAUGCAUCACCACAUACAAGAAGACGCCUCCCCCAGUCCCUCCGCGGACCACCCCAUCCAAGCCCUUCAUCUCCAUCACCGCUCAGAGCAGCACCGAAUCGGCCCAGGACGCGUACAUGGACGGGGGCUCGGGGAGCGCCAGGGCGGGCAUCAGCUCCCAACCGGGCCUGUCCAACUCCACCGAGAGCAUCGACAGCAUGAAGGCCCUGACCGCAGCCAUAGAAGCGGCUAACGCACAGGUGCACGGCCCGGCUAGCCAACACGUGACCAACAGCAUCACUAUCACUGCCACAGCCACCACCUCGGUCACCGCGGAAACCAAGGCGCAAAGGGAAGCAAUGCGGAAGUGCCUCUCCAUAGGGAUACAGGUGGACCCCGAGGAAGAAGGGCAGGCCGCUGAGGAGCAGGAGCAGGAGCAGUCAAAGUUCCAGUCAAUAGGAAUUCAAGUGGAGGAUGAUAGAUGUUACAGACGGAUGACGCGGUCCAACAGCGUGACCACCGCAGUGCAAGCAGACCUGGACGACCCCGCCGACAGCUCGGACCUGCCCCCACCGCGACACUGUGCCACUAUGCCCCGGCAACACUCCCGGGACGCCGCCUCCUCCACCGUCAGCAUCCAGGGCUCAGGCAACCACUACCACGCCUGUGCCGCCGACGACUACGGAGAGGUGGGCUUCGACCCCUCCAUCCUGCCCCCUCCGGACCCCUGGAUGGACAGCGUGCCCGAGGCGGAGGGCCAGGACCUGCAGGCCGUGAGCAGGUCGGUGUGCCCCCGCGACGGACGCUGGUUCCUCAAGCUGCUGCAGGCCGAGACGGAGCGCAUGGAGAGCUGGUGCAGACACAUGGAGCAGGACGAGAGCGACCAGGAGCUGCAGGAUGAAGUCCUGGGGAAGAUCCGCAGUGCAGUGGGGAGUGCCCAGCUGCUGAUGUCCCAGAAGUUCCAGCAGUUCCGGGAGCUGUGUGAAGAGAAUCUGAAUCCCAAUGCAAACCCGCGGCCCAUCUCCCAGGACCUGGCAGGUUUCUGGGACAUGCUCCAGCUCUCUAUUGAGAACAUUAGCCUGAAGUUUGAUGAGCUCCACCAGCUAAAAGCCAACAACUGGAAACCUCUGAGUCCCCCGGAAGUUCAGGAGAGAAGGAUGCCCCCUCCUGUGCCAAAGAAGCCCCUGAAGGGCCACCCUCCCCUGACUAGGGACCGUUCUCUGAAGAGCUCUGAGCGUCAGCGCCUGGAGGCUCGCAAACGCCUGCUAGCUGCCAAACGAGCUGCUUCAGUCCGGCAGAGCUCAGCCACUGAGAGCGCAGACAGUAUUGAGAUCUAUAUUCCUGAGGCUCAGACCAGACUAUGA